AUGCAGCGUCGCUUAAGUGCCCGAACUGCUGGCCAGAUGGCCCGUUUUCCGUGCAAAACUUCUGCCCGUAAGUGCAGCACGACGAAUGCCCAAGCUUCUGCGACUAAUCGCAUUACUGGAUCUUUGGCUGGUGAAUCCACCACUGCCACUACUGCGAGAGGGCCAAUGCGAAAGGAUUGGCGUACUCACAAGGAAGUUGUAUAUGUUAAGGGUGUUCCUAUGAAGGGUAGUUUGUUUAAACUUCCGUUAAAGGAGCAAAUUCUUAUUUGCCUAAUUUUUUCAAUCACAGGUAGUGCGGCCGUUUAUAUUGUACGUCCCAUUAUUCGUUCCCUUGUAAAAGAUGGUUUUCUUGGUUUACCAGAAGAUAGUGGGUGGAUAAAUGGUCCGUGGUUGUAUCGCUUUUUAUACAUUGCAAUCAUGUACCCCGCGUACUCUUUGAUGUUGCUUACCAUUGGCUCAAUCUUUGGACGACGUGUGUGGUUUUCUUUCAUGAUUCACAAAAUGUGGUCACGAUUCCUCACAAAAAAUGCUUCAAAGCGACUUGAAUACAUAUUAGACUUGCAACAUUAUUAA